CGAGCGCUCCGAUUGGAGCUAGGGCCUGCUCGUCUGCGUGCCUCGGCGUCAGCGCCCGCCCCCGGGGCCUCGGAGUUCGGUUCCCGGGUCCUCCACGUUCCAUUCCCAGGCAGGUCCGGGGUCCCGGGUCCGAGCAGGCCCGCUGCGUCCGCCGGUCGGUGCGCUGAAGCCGCGACGCAGGCAGACACCAUGGCAGAGUUUUCCCAGAAACGGGGGAAGCGGCGUGACGGCGAGGUGCUGGGCAGCGCUGUGGACUUCCUCUUGGCCAACGCCCGCCUGGUGCUGGGUGUGGGCGGGGCUGCCAUGCUGGGCAUUGCCACCCUGGCUGUGAAGCGGCUCAUCGACAGGGCCACCAGCCCACGGGACGAGGAUGAUGCCAAGGGGGACACCACAUGCCUGGAGGACAGCUGGAAGGAACUGAGCCUGCUGAAGGCCACACCAUGUCUGCAGCCCCGGCCCCCACCUGCUGCCCUCAGCCAGCCCGUGUCGCCCCUGCCUCCCUCCCCCUCUGCCCCAGAGCGGCCUGCAGAUGCCGGUCCUCAGAUGCCGCCUCCACUUAGCUCCCCAGCACCGUUGUGCCUGACGUUCCAGGAGAAGCUGCUGGCAUUUGAGCGGGACCACGUGACUAUCCCAGCGGCCCAUGUGGCUCUGGCCAAACAGCUGGCCGGUGACAUUGCCCUUGAGCUGCAGGCCUACUUGCGGAGCAAGUUCCCAGAACUGCCCUUCGGGGCGCUUGUGCCCGGCGGGCCACUCUAUGACGGGCUGCAGGCAGGGGCUGCCGACCACGUGCGUCUCCUGGUCCCCCUGGUGCUGGAGCCGGGCCUGUGGAGCCUGGUGCCUGGCGUGGACACUGUGGCCAGGGACCCUCGCUGCUGGGCUGUGCGGAGGACUCAGCUUGAGUUCCACUCCCGUGGGAACAGCCCCUGGGACCGCUUCCUGGUGGGCAGCUACCUCUCUUCCCGUGCCCUGCUGGAGCUGCUCCGCAAGGCACUGGCCAUUUCUGUCAACUGGCCAGCUAUUGGCAGUCUUCUUGGGUGCCUGAUCCGGCCCAGCGUGGCCUCAGAGGAGUUGCUGCUUCAGGUGCAGCACGAGCACCUGGAACUCACGGUCGCGGUGCUCCUGGUGGUCACUGGUGCCGCCACCGAAGAGCGCCUUCUUUUGGCCUGGCCCCUGGAGGGGCUGGCUGGGAACCUCUGGCUGCAGGACUUGUACCCCGCAGAGGCCGCCAGAUUGCGGGCCCUGGAUGACCAUGAUGCUGGGACCCGCCGGCGACUGCUGCUGCUGCUGUGUGGUGUCUGCCGCAGCCACUCGGCCCUGGGACGGCUGGGACGGGGCCACCUGACCCAGGUGGUUCUGUGCCUUGGGGAGGAGAAAGUGGACUGGGCCGAGGAGGCCUUGGGGGAGCGCUUCCUGCAGGCCCUGGAGUUGCUUAUCGGCAGCCUGGAGCGGGCCAGCCUGCCCUGCCACUUCAACCCCAGCGUGAACCUCUUCAGCAGCCUGAGCGAGGAGGAGAUUGAUGACAUUGGCUACACGCUGUACAGCGGUCUGCAGGCCCCUGAGUGGCUGCUCUAGAUGGGUGGGGAUAGGGCCGCUGGCAUGUGUUCUGAUGCUGAUGAGCUGUGAACUGUGAACGCCUCCCUUCCAGGAAUUUGGAGAGCACUUUUUCUCUUGCUUUAGCCAGAAUAAAGGAGAGUGUGUUACCUAAGCUCA